UACCGAGGACAACAUUAUUGUCUAAAUAUUAGUUUGAUAUUCAUUUUAGUUUCGUCAUAAGUAGUUCCAUUUGUACUGCGUGUUUCUGGUCGGACAAAUAAUAAUGUAACACAGUCUGUCUCGCAAACAUCCGCUGUAACUUGCAGGAUUAUGAAAGCAUGAUUAGUGACCACAUUGUAACUGCGUCAGCGAGUACAAGCGGGCAGAUGGCGGUGUUUGGAUGGCUUAUUUAGGACCUCGUCUGGGACGGUUACGCAUCUUUCUCCCCGGUGUUACCGUGUUCAGACUCCUCGCUACGGUCGGGAUGGACGACAUGGGUCUGGCAAUGAGUCUUUCUCCGCUGGAGCGGCUCGACUUCGACAACGUCGCUCUCAAGAAACUCCCCCUGGACUCGUCCGAGGAGCCGGGGGUGCGGCAGGUGAAGGGAGCGUGUUUCUCCCGGGUGAAGCCGCAGCCGCUGACCAAGCCUCGGUUCGUGGCUGUGUCACACGAAGCCCUGGCGCUGCUGGGGCUCAACGGAGAGGAGGUCAUGGACGAUCCGCUCGGGCCAGAGUAUCUCAGCGGAUCCAGAGUUAUGCCUGGAUCCGAGCCCGCCGCUCACUGCUACUGUGGCCACCAGUUCGGCCAGUUCGCCGGGCAGCUGGGCGACGGGGCGGCAUGCUACCUCGGGGAGGUGAAGGUGCCACCCGGACAAGAUCCCGAACUGCUACGGGAAAACCCGAGCGGCCGGUGGGAGAUUCAGGUGAAAGGAGCUGGACUGACCCCUUAUUCCAGACAAGCUGAUGGCCGUAAGGUCCUGCGCUCCAGUAUAAGAGAGUUCCUGUGCAGCGAGGUUAUGUUCUUCUUGGGUGUUCCCACCACCAGAGCAGGCUCCAUAGUGACCUCUGACAGCAGGGUCAUACGGGAUGUGUACUACAGCGGGCAUCCUCGCCAUGAGAGAUGCUCUGUGGUGCUCCGUAUUGCUCCCACCUUCCUCAGGUUUGGAUCCUUUGAGAUCUUCAAGCAGGCCGACGAGCACACGGGCCGUCAGGGUCCCAGCUAUGGACGUGACGAGAUCCGAGGUCAGAUGAUGGAUUACGUCAUUGAGAUGUUCUACCCUGAGAUCCAGCAGAAUUACCCAGAUAGGGUGGAGAGGAACGUGGCUUUCUUCAGAGAGGUGAUGCGCCGUACAGCUCGACUCGUGGCUCAGUGGCAGUGUGUAGGUUUCUGCCAUGGGGUCCUGAACACAGAUAACAUGAGCAUCCUGGGACUCACGCUGGACUAUGGUCCAUAUGGAUUUAUGGACAGGUUCGAUCCAGAUUUCAUUUGCAAUGCCUCUGACAACUCCGGCCGAUACUCCUACCAGGCCCAGCCAGCAAUCUGCAGGUGGAACCUAGUGAAGCUGGCAGAGGCUCUUGCCCCAGAGCUGCCCCCAGACCAGGCUGAAGCCGUUAUGGACGAGUACCUGGAUCUGUAUAAUGGAUUCUACCUAGAGAACAUGAGGAAGAAGUUGGGCUUAUUGAAGAAGGACGAGCCUGAGGAUGAGAUGCUGAUCACUGAGCUGCUGCAGACCAUGCACAACACAGGUGCUGAUUUCACCAACACCUUCCGUAGCUUGAGUCAGGUUUCCUGUCCCACCGAGGGAGAAAGUGAGGGAGAAGAGGACCUUGUCAAGAAAACCACAGACCUGCUUGUGGAGCAGUGUGCCACCUUAGAGGAGCUUAAAUCUGCCAACAAACCCACUAUGGAUCCACG